CGCAUCCCAGGAGCUUCUGUCGUCCGUUCUGUUACCCUGCUCUUUUCGGGACUAACACAAUGGGGAGACUGGAUGCGCUUCGGCAGUUUAGUUUGAUCAAAUGGCUCCGAGAAGAGAGACAAUCGAGGAAACUGAGUCUCUUCAUUGUUUCCGUCGCUCUGCUCUUGGAUAACAUGCUGCUGACUGUAGUCGUUCCCAUCAUCCCCAGCUACCUGUACACUCUGGAUGAGUCAACAGACGUGGUGUUGAAGAACAGCACUGCGUCACAGCCAGCAGCUCCAGGAACCUUUCACAGCAUUGUGUCCUUAUACGACAACACCGUGAGGUCUUCAGGUUCCAACACCACAGCCAGGUUUCCGGACCUGGUCCCUACAGCCCCCGCUGCCACAGAGCUGCCAUACAACUCCUCUGACUGUCCCCAGUCUGCCAGUACGCUGCUCAAUGAGAAUGUCAAAGUGGGAUUGCUGUUCGCCUCCAAGGCCAUCGUACAGCUGAUUACCAACCCCUUCAUAGGCCCACUCACAAACAGAAUAGGAUACCAGCUUCCCCUAUUCGCUGGCUUCUGUAUCAUGUUCCUCUCCACUAUCAUGUUUGCCUUCUCAUCGAGCUACGCUCUGCUGUUUGUGGCCAGAUCCCUGCAGGGUGUGGGCUCGUCCUGCUCCUCUGUGGCUGGGAUGGGAAUGCUUGCAAGUGUUUACACAGAUGAUGAGGAGAGAGGCAAGGCCAUCGGGAUCGCCCUGGGGGGGCUGGCACUGGGAGUGUUAGUUGGACCCCCAUUCGGCAGUGUGAUGUAUGAGUUUGUUGGGAAGACUGCUCCUUUCCUUAUUCUGGCUUUCCUGGCUUUGUUUGAUGGAGCUCUGCAGCUCGUUGCUCUUCAACCCACCAAGGUGGAACCAGAGAGUCAGAAGGGGACCCCGCUAUUGACGCUAAUAAAGGAUCCAUACAUUCUGAUCGCAGCUGGUGCCAUUUGUUUUGGAAAUAUGGUCAUGGCCAUGAUGGAGCCAACGCUGCCAAUCUGGAUGAUGGAGACCAUGUGUUCCAGUGAAUGGCAGCUAGGCGUCGCUUUCAUACCAACAUCCAUCUCCUACCUUAUUGGAACCUACAUCUUUGGCAAGUUAGCGCACAAGAUGGGGAGAUGGCUUUGUGCUCUCAUUGGAAUGGUACUACUUGGAGCCAGUGUAAUAUGUGUUCCAUUUGCCAAAACCAUCUAUGGUCUGAUUGUUCCAACCUUAGGUGUUGGUUUUGCUAUUGGCAUGGUGGACUCAUCUAUGAUGCCUAUCAUGGGUUACCUGGUGGACCUGCGCCAUGUGUCUGUUUAUGGAAGUGUGUAUGCCAUUACUGAUGUGGCUUUCUGCAUGGGACUUGCUUUCGACUUUAGUGAUGGGAAAACCAUGAAUUACCUUACCAUCAUCGGACAUCAAUCGGCUGCAUGCAUAUCUCCAUCCUGCCUUCAUGUCCAUUUGUUUGUCUCCAUGCAGCAUCUGCCAUCAUUCAUCACCUCUCAUUACAUUCUGUCUGUAUUUGUCUGUUAUCUGUUUUUUAACACACAGGCACACAUGCAGAAAAAGCUAAAGUCAUGCUUUUUUCAAAUUCGAAAUCUAACUCAAAUCUCCCUUCAAUCCUACUUCCCAGGGUACGAAAAUUGAAUGUAUUUCUAAGUACAGAUAUCUUAGUAUUUUAAUUGAUGAAUCUCUUUCUUUUACCCUUCAUAUUCAGCAGCUAGCAAAAAGAUUAAAACCCAUCAGAGCCCUACGGCAUUGUCCACGACGUCACACGGCACCUCCGAUUAAUAUUUAGAUUAUUUAAUGAAACUUUUAUCGAUCUUCCUACCGUUUUUUCCAGCUAGAAGCUAACAAGCUAGCCAUCACGGGGGUG